AUGGAAGUUAGAUGUUGUUUUCAGAAACUAGUUGGAGGUGUUUGCACCUCUGACAAACGAUAUGAAGGAGCAGUCGUUGUUCCGCUAUCUUCAUGUCAAAAAGAUAUUUUAGGUCACACGCGCAGUGUUGGAGUUAGCGAUAUCAACUCUGAAGUUGAGCUUAUUUUAGCGCGCGCAUCAAUGUUUUCUCCUCCGCGCGACAUUUCGUCUUCGACCAUUUGCCCAUGCCAUCGCUCUUCCCUGGGCAUUGGCUGGUGCCAAGGUGCUGAUCGAUGCCCAGUACCACCAGGGCUAUCAAAGCAUGCUUCGAAAGAAAAACGAGAAAGGCGGACCCUGGAAUAA